AUGGUGCUCCUCGGCAUUAUCGUCGCCGCGGUGAUUAUGGGACAGCUGUCCGAUCAGAACAAGACGUGCGACGGUGUGAUUGCCUCCGCUGUCUUUCACCUGAUGCCGGCGGUGGUGUUUGCUUUUAACUUCUACGGGGAGCGCAAGAACCAGCUGGAGCGGUACGAGGACUCCGUGUUGAAGCGGCAGGAGGCGCGGGAUGCGAAGAACGGCGCGGCCCAGCGGCAGCGUUGUCGUCAUCCGGUGAGGGAUGAGGAGGAGGACGGGGAGGACGGGGAGGACUGCGCGAACGAGCCGGCGGGGGACGAUGCGUUGUGUGCCCGCAGCAAACAUCAUCAACACGAACAGGAGAAAGGAGAGAACGCGGUGGAUGCGGUGGACGAAGUCGCGGCAAAGGCGAAUGCAGCCGCCGAAGGAGAACAAGACGAGGAGGCGGACGACGACGGGCUCGUGGGGUUUUCGAACGACCUCGGCGGGGUUGCGCUGAGCGACGACUCUCAGGCAGACGACGGCGACGACGAUUUCAACGACCGUGUGAGGGAAAACAUUUGGGUCUCGGCCGGUUGUGUUUUUGAGAUCAACAAAGAAGUGGUGCGCGCGAACUGGAAGAUCGUCAUUUACGCGGUGGUCAUGACCUGCAGCGUCAUCACACUCGCCUGUGUGACCAUCCUCGGCACUAUCUGGCAUUUGCUGUACGCCUGCAUCGCUGUGGUCGUGUGCUGCGCGGUCUGCGCCUUCCUGACGCUGCCGCGCGUGAUUGCUAAAGCAAACAUGUUUGUGUACUGCGACAUGCUCUUUUACAUUCAGCUCCCCGGUGCGCUGGACAGCUUCUUCCUCGCGAAUGAAGCGUGCCUGCCGGGCGGCCCCCACUUCUCCUACAGCUUCUACAACACCGUUGGUGCGGUGAUCCAGAACGUGGCGGGGAUGGUGGGGGUGAUCCUCUUCACCUACGUCUUUUCGGAACAGCGCUACCAGGUUGUGAUGUUCGUGACGGUGACCCUUCGCGUGGUCGCGUCCAUCUUUGACUUGAUGGUCGUCGAGCGCUGGAACCUGUACAUCGGCAUCCCGGACCACGCCAUGUACAUCUGCGGGGACACCAUCGUGUACCAGAUCUGCUACAUGCUGAACUACAUGCCGGUGUUGAUGCUGUUGUCGCGUGUGGUGCCGCACGGGUCGGAGAGCAUGGUGUACGGCUUGAUGGCGGGCAUUGGCAAUUUGGGCGCCUCCAUGUCGAACACGAUCGGGUCGCUGCUGAUGGAGCUGGCGUGGCCCAUCGACACGACGACAACACCGUGUGACUUCAGCAACGUGCCGUGGCUCAUCAUCACGGGCCACCUCGCCUCGCCGUUUUUGAUCGUGGUGGCGUCCUUUGUGCUGCUGCCGCACGCUCGUGUGAAUGACGCGCUUGACUUGCACGGCCACGUUGUGCAGAAGCACCUUGAGAAGGAAGGCGACGAAGGAAAGGCUGCUCCUGAUGCCGCCACCACGUCUGCGACCACGCCGGGAACGGCGGCAUGA